GAUGGCAGCGCACAGCGGGGUGGAGGCAGUACCUGGGCUCGCCUGAGGGUCCCCUUUCCAGCUCCUGCUCUGGGCGAGGAGUGCAGACUGGAGGACAGGGGCCGGGUGGGACAGGGCACCUGCGAGGCGGGACCACAAGCCCCAACCUCAGGGAUGAGGGCGCUGCUGCCAGGUCUGCAACGCCAAGCCAGGCUCCUCCGCCAGCUCACCUCCGCCCGGAGAUGCCCGGCCUCUUCCCUCCCCGACAGCCCGCCGCCCACACCGGGCCUCCCGGACCCCGUUCCCCGCACUGAGACCCUCACCCCUCACCCUUCUUCCGCAGACUCUCGAUUCUCGCCCGGAGUUGAGACGUUUCCUUCCCUUCCAGGUUCACCCCCGACCCGUCCCCCCAACAUCGCAGCCUUCCCGCCCCCUCACCCGGGAGCUGGGCGGUGUUGGCCCCGCCAUGGAGGCUGUGUACCUGGUGGUGAACGGGGUGGGCCUGGUGCUGGACGUGCUGACCUUGGCGUUGGACCUGAACUUCCUGCUGGUGUCCUCCCUCCUGGCCUCCGUGGCCUGGCUGCUGGCCUUCAUCUACAACCUGCCCCACACUGUGCUGACCAGCCUGGUGCACCUGGGCCGCGGAGUCUUGCUGUCGCUGCUGGCCUUGUUGGAAGCCCUGAUGCGGUUCACCGUCGGGGGCGCUCAGGCCCUGUGGACCCUGCUGUGCAGCUGCUGCUCCGGCCUGGAGGGCCUGAAGCUCCUGGGGCACCUGGCGGCGCACGGGGCCUGGAGGAGCCGGGACCUCCUGCAGCGGGGCCUCCUCAGCGUGGUCUCCAGUGGCCACGCUCUGCUGCGCCAGGCCUGUGACGUCUGUGCCAUCGCCAUGAGCUUGGUGGCCUACGUGGUCAACAGCCUGGUCAACAUCUGCCUCAUUAGCACUCAGAACCUCUUCUCCCUGCUGCUGGCCCUGUGGGAUGCAGUGAUGGGGCCACUGUGGAGGAUGACGGACGUCAUGGCGGCCUUCCUCGCGCACAUUUCCAGCAGUGCUGUGGCCAUGGCCAUCCUCCUCUGGACCCCAUGCCAGCUAGCGAUGGAACUCCUGGCCUCGGCUGCCCGCCUCGUGGCCAGCUUUGUGCUUGUCAAUCUCACUGGCCUGGUGCUGCUGGCUUGUGUGCUGGCGGUGACGGUGACCGUGCUGCACCCGGACCUCACCUUGAGGCUGGCCACCCAGGCCCUCGGUCAGCUCCAUGCCCGGCCAUCCUACCACAGGCUUCGAGAGGAUGUUACGCGGCGGUCUCGCCUCGCACUGGGCAUGGAGGCUUGGCGCCGAGUCUGGAGCCGCAGUCUGCAGCUGGCAAGCUGGCCAAACUGGGGAGGCGCACCUGGGGCUCCCCAGGGUGGCCCUAGAAGGGUGCCUGCAGCCAGGACCUCACAACAGGACACUCUUCCUGAAGCAGGGCCCAGAUCAGAGGCAGAAGAGGAAGAAGGUAGAAUGGCCAGAGUGACCGCUGCCUGGGGCAGGGAGAGGCUCAAUGAGGAGCCUCUAGCCGGGCAAGACCCAUGGAAGUUGCUGAAGGAGCAAGAGGAGCGGAAGAAGUGUGUCAUCUGCCAGGACCAGAGCAAGACAGUGCUGCUGCUGCCCUGUCGGCACCUGUGCCUCUGCCAGGCCUGCACCGAAAUCCUGAUGCGCCACCCUGUCUACCACCGCAACUGCCCGCUCUGCCGCCGGGGCAUUCUGCAGACCCUCAACGUCUACCUCUGAGAACUCCCUCCCUUCCUGCCCUCCUCCAGCUCCACGCACCACACAGCCGCCUGUGCUAGGACGGCAUCAGCAUUAUCACCGGACCUCCGGGUCCUGGCCUGAAUCGCCUUUUGCCCUGCGGCUGUCAUGCCAAGCCUCCAAGCCAUACGUCUAGGACAUGGAGAUGGGACACCCUGGAAGACAGUGACCUGGGUGGGGGCGGGAUAGCAGCUUCUGUUUCCCAGUGGGUCCCUGCGAUGCUGAGGGAGGCAUGUCACUCUGUCACGCCCUGAGUCUGUUUGUUGUGGCCUCCCCUCCAGAUGCCAGCCUCUGGGGCUCCUCCUCUGCUUCUGUUUUUGUUGUUGUUGUUGGAGAUUUGCAGGUCCUCUCCCUAGCUUCUGUAGCCACAACACAUCAGUGUUAUUUGGGUAUUUUGGCAGCUCAAGGGCCUUGGGAUGUUCUUGAACCUUUGCUUUUAGCCAGAACUCCUGUGCCGGGCAGGUUUUGGGGGUGGUGUUUUGCAGAUGCCCUUAGAGCUACCACUUUUGCCUGCCAUGAUCUUCUGAAGCUCCCUCCCAACCUCGUCCAACAGCUGGGGUCAGAAGUUUACCCGUGUGCGUGUGUGUUUGUGUGUGUGUGUGUGUGUAGCUGCACCUGGCUUUGGGACCAUGAACCCUCGCAUCCCAGCUCCACUGGGAGCCUCCGGAGAGGCAACCAGAUUUCUAUCCCUGUCCUUUCAUUCCCCACAUCACAGGGAAAAUGGCAUUCCCCUCUGCCUGCCUCUCCCUGGCACCGCGAGGGCAGACUGUGCACAUUCCACUAGGGUCCAAACAGUGGGGCCAGGGCAGGGGCAUGCAGUUCCCUGAGGGUCUUGUGGCUCUGUUUCCAGUGAAUAAAGUUUGUUGACAACCCUGACA